AUGGCGGGAGCUGCACGCAAGCAGUUGUGUCUCGCGCUCAAGAAUCUACUCAUCUCUGGUGCAUUCUCCGAUCUCACCGUGACCUGCGGUUCCGACUCGCAUAAGCUCCACAAGAAUGUCGUAUGCUCUCGAGCAGACUUCUUUUCGCGUGCUGUCAAGUUCGGAGGCAAGGAGACUAAAGAAGGCAUCAUCGAUCUCCCAGACGACGACCCAGCUAUCAUAAAACUCAUGAUAAAUUACAUCUACGAAGGCGAAUACGACCCUGCACUUCCCGAUGAUAGUGUAUCCGAUGCUGCCAGUGCCGCUACCGCUAUCCUAACUGGAGGAAAGAGGAAAAAGAGCUCUGACGGGAAGAAUAAGAAGGUUGCAACACCAUCUGCAUCGUUUCCCCAUACUUGCUCCGACGGCAACUACGGUUGUUGCAAUAACCCAUCUGUAUGCGCUCAUCACUACUGCGGCUCCGAUUGCGGAUAUGAUUGCAAUAAUUACAGGUGUAAGGAUUGCCAUAUUGAAGCUCUGGCCCUCGCUAUAUCCGGCUCAUCUGAGCAGCUCUUGGUACAUGCCAAGCUAUACGAGAUUACCGACAAGUACGACGUGAUGGGCCUCAAGGAUUUAUUGGCUGAGAAGUUCAAGAGAGCUUGCCAACGCUUCUGGAACGAGCCCGUCUUCGCCGUGGCGGCUCACCACGCUUUCUCCACUACUCCCGAUUCCGACCAGGGUCUGCGAGAUAUUGUGUCGGCAACUAUUGCGGCACAUAUGACAGAGCUCGUGAAGAAGCCAGAGGUGGAGGCUCUGCUCACAGAGUUCAAUGGGUUGGCCGUCGGUUUGCUCAAGAUGAAGACGGAGGCGGGUUGGAAGUGA